AUGACUGAGCAGCUGUGUCUGUUCUACAUCCGCAUCCCCUUCGAAGCCUUCUCUCCGAUAACUGGGCUAAAGAGGAAUGUGCUGUUGCAGGAAACGUCAGCCUUCAGGGACGUGUUUGUGAACUUCACCUUGGAGGAGUGGCAGCAGCUGGAUGCCGCUCAGAAGACCCUCUACAGGGAUGUCACGCUGGAGAACUACAGCCACCUGCUCUCCGUGGGAUACCUCGUGGCCCAGCCAGAGGGGAUCUUCAGCUUGGGACAAGCAGAGGGGGGCGGGAAGGCAGAUGGAGAAGCCCCAACGCGGAGCGGACCAGGUGAGCGGGCACCGGGCCAGUCAGGCCGGGGCAAGGGGACCUGGUGGGCCAGCCAGAGCUUGGCCUCGGGGGCGUGCCCGGGAGCUCUUCUCAGAAAGCCCAGACUUGGGCACAAGACCCGGGUCGGAUGGAACGAGCCCUGUAACACCCACAUGAUGACUCACCUGUCGCCCCUCUGCAGCCCCUUGUUCUACCCCUUUCCUCACCUGUAA